AUGUCUUCUCAGCUAAACGACCCCACGCCUAUCCCGGCUCCAUCCUCUUUAUCGUUUACACAAGGGUUCUUGCUGGGUCAGCUCUCCGUCGUCCUUCUCAUUGCUGCCUUCAUCAAGUUCUUCAUCUUCGGCGAAGCACCGCCUCCGCCCUCUCGCGGCCUUUCUCAUCGCUCGGCGACUCAUCGGCGUUCCAAUUCCAUUUACAGCAGUGCACAGCAUGAUGGAAGCACAAGAACCUUGAGAGAAAAGCCAUCUAACUCGAACGUCCUCCGUCCGGUACCGUCCUCCGCGACCAACACCCGCUCCAUCCUGCGAAAGACCUACUACACUGCAAUCCCCACCAAUCCCACUUCGAAACAUGGACGACACAGGAUACACCAUUCUUCACACCAGCCAGAAUCGUUGGACUGGUUCAAUGUUCUCAUAGCUCAAACCAUUGCUCAGUACAGACAAACGGCAUAUCUGCUGAAGGACUCCCCGACAUCAUCCAUCCUCAGCUCGCUAACGGCGGCCCUGAAUAACCCCGAGAAGAAGCCAUCAUUUAUAGAUAAAAUUACUGUGACGGACAUAUCUCUGGGGGAGGAGUUUCCGAUUUUCAGCAAUUGUCGGAUCAUUGCUGUUGAUGACCCAAAUUCUGAUGGUGGACGGCUUCAGGCGCUGAUGGAUGUCGACCUGAGCGAUGACAACCUCUCCAUCGCUAUCGAGACGCAGCUGCUUCUCAAUUAUCCGAAGCCAUGCUCCGCCAUUCUUCCCGUGGCACUCUCCAUUUCCGUUGUCCGCUUUUCCGGGACCCUUUGCAUAUCGCUCGUCCCCGCUUCCACACCUCCACUCGACACCCCCUCCCAUUCUCCAUCUCCCCCUACCGCUGGGACAACAACGAAUGGACGCUCAAAGCGCGAAGAUCAGACGGGUGGAAGUCACUCUCGCGCAGGUGGCUCCUCGGAGGAACCUAGCGGUGAAAAUUCGCCGAAAACCAGCCCAAAGAGCAACGUUGCGUUUUCCUUUCUUCCAGACUAUCGACUUGACCUCUCCGUGCGGUCGUUGAUCGGCUCUCGUAGCAGACUCCAGGACGUCCCUAAAGUCGCUCAGUUAGUUGAAGCCCGUGUUCAUGCAUGGUUUGAGGAGCGUGUUGUCGAACCUCGGGUGCAGGUCGUGGGGCUGCCGGACCUCUGGCCUCGCAUGGGCAGAACAGGCGUACGGACCGGCGAUGAUUCGGAAACGGGCUCUAAUGCGCCGCGGAGUAGCACAGCGGCGGAUGCCAGCGGGUCUGCCCGCCACGAGGACUCGUCUCGCGAACCAGAGGUGCUCAGGUUUGGAUCACUAUUGGGCACACGGCCGCCGUUUGACCUUGCUUCCCGAACGAGCAGCUUCAAUGUUGAAACUGGAGACCUCCGCAGUCGCAGCAUGACACGGGAGGAGAGCAGUGGUAACUUGAGCGAUCAAUUCCACAUGCCUGGCUCUCUGCCAGGAGGUGGUGUAACUACAACUUGA